AUGAACAUACACGAUACAUACUUGGCAGUGUGGCGCCACCGCGAGCGAUGUCUAGCAAUCGCAAAACGUCGCUCAGCCUCCAGUGCCGCAGCAGCCUCACAGCGUUCCCAAGCUGCCGGUGGUCAAACCGCUGGGCGGUCAAAGCUUCGGAAACGUGGUUCUACUUUAUCUGGCCAACCUGGUGCCAAUUCCUCUGGCAAUGCUGCAACGCCUGCAACUGCCGUCUCCGGCGGCUAUAGCGGAGAGAGUGGUCCGCCUAAUGGUACUUAUUUAUCGCGUCUCACUGCGUCUACUAGCCACUCUCGUUCUUGUCCCAGCAGAGUCUCGCAUGGAGGUCUCCGGAGUUCCGGUAGGGGCACACGCCCUACUCGCAAUUGCCCAGCCCCUGUAGGACAGGCCGGACGAUCUUGGGUGAAGCAAAAGGUGCCUGGUCGGAUAGCCAGUGAUCUAUCUGGUGAGAAAAAACUUGACCCACGUUCAUUGUUUUAA